AUGGGGUCCGAUACUUCAGAAGGUAGAACGAUAUUUAUCAGGAAUCUAUCCUUUGAUGUGGAAGAAGAUGCGUUGUAUAAAUUUUUUUCACAGUUCGGACCACUAGAAUUUGCAAAAGUAGUUAAAGAUCCAGCAACACAACAUUCCCGUGGUACAGCUUUUGUAAAGUUUGUAAAUGUUGAGGAUGCAUCAAAUGUCUUACAACAAUCUGAUAAACCUGAGAAUGCUAAUCAAUUUUCUUUGGAAAAUCGAACUUUAAACAUAACGAUUGCUGUUUCUAGAACAGAGGCACAAAAUCUACGAAAAAGAAAACAUGAAGAAAAUGAUUCAGAAGGUUUUGUAGGCCCUGCAGAUGCUAUGAAGCAAAAGGGGCGCAAUUUGCAUUUAGCAUCUAUUGGAAUUAUUCGUCCUGGGUCAUCUGAAGCCGAAGGUUUAAGCAAAGAAGAUUUAGCUAGAAGGGAUGCAUUAUUACGAGAGAAAAAGAAAAAGCUAACGGAUCCAAAUUAUUUUAUUAGUGAUGUUCGAUUAUGUUUACGUAAUCUACCCUUACAUGUGUCAGAUGAUGACUUAAAAUCUGCUUGCAUGAAAUUUCUAAAGAAAGGUACGGACCGCCGAAUUUCAGAAUGUCGUAUUAUGCGUAAUCUUCAACCAGGCAGGCAACAAUAUCGUUCACUUGGUUAUGGAUUUGUUGCAUUUUCUAAUCAUGAAAAUGCAUUAAAUGUAUUACAUGGUUUAAAUAAUAAUCCAAAUGCAUUCCCACCAAGUAAUCGACGACCAAUUGUUGAAUUUUCAGUGGAAAAUAUGAGAGCAUUACAAUUAAAACAGAAAAGAGCCGAAAAAUGUUUGAUGCUUCAAUCUAAAACCACAGAAACAUCAUCCUCAUCAUCACCAUCACAAUUAUUCACAAUGAAUAUUGACAAGAAGUCCAAAAAGGCUAAAUCUAUAUUAUCCCCCAAGACAUGUCAUCGAACAAUAUCUAAAAAGUCUCGAAUUAAUAAUGAGAAUAAUAAUAAAGGAAAGAAAUUAGAUUUAUCUAAAACUAAAAUUCAUCAUAAAUCAUUAUCAAUUUUACCAAAACAUUUUGGUCCAAAAAAUCGCCAUCGUCAUCGUAAACCAUCCAUAAUCUCAUCAAAACCAAAACAAAAAAUAACACGGAAACAAAAACGUACCACGAAAAGAAACACACAGAUGUAA